GAUAAAUAAAGAAAAAGAAAAUUACAAAAGUAAAAGAAAGAAGUCAAAGAAGUGGAGAAAACAAUGAAUUGGGUCCUAGAGCGUGUAACUUUUGAUAAAGACACAUCAACAUUCUCGUCCUACACUAGCCUCCAAAAAGUUGCUGUGUUCUUCUAAGUGCUGAUUAACCCGUAUUGUCGCCCUUGGCUUUGCACUAAGCAGAAUUAAGACCAACUCCAUCACCUAUUUUAUUGUUUGAAAACGUGUCCACAUAUUCGAAGUCGUGUGAACGCAUAGUAUACCUUGUUGUAGCUCUCUCUCUAUAUAUAUAUAAUACAACCCCUAAGAGGUUACAUAUAUUCCGCCGAACCAUCUGGUUAGUGAUUGCUGACAGUGUUAACCUCAGACUGAAGAAAAUACAAGUAGAAAGAGUUGGAGCAAGAUCAUGAGGGUGUUUCCCAGGUUCAAGUUUCUGUCACGAGCAGUGCACGAGGAACACGAGGGUGAGCAUGAUGGGGAGAGAAACAGGGUUGACAAUUACAUCGGCCACCCCAAUGAAGUUAUUCUUAUGGACGCUUCAGGAAACUCUGUCCUCACUCUUCGCCGCUCCAGGAAGCUGGGAUUAGUAGAUAGCUGGUUUGUGUAUGAAGGGGAAAGAGGGAAGCAGAGUACGAGAAGUAAGUGGUGUAAAUCGAAUAACAGUCCAGUUUGUUGUGUAAGGAAGCGUGUGAAUAUUUUAGACGGCAAGCCCAAGGUUCAGGCCUACGUGUAUCGUGUAGCAUCGGACUCAGAUAAACGACAUGCGGCAUUUACAGUUGAAGGUUCCUAUGCACAUAGGACAUGUAAAGUGUUAGAUGAGUGCAAGAAGGCUGUGGCUGAAAUCAAGAGAAAGGAGGCCAAUAGCAAAGACGUCUCUUUCGGGAUAGAGAUUUUUCAAUUGGUUGUUCACCCUGGCUUUGAUCCUAGCUUUGCCAUGGCACUCGUUUUACUGCUGGAUCAAAUGUUUUCGUAAUAUUCUCCUAGAGUAACACGUUUCUUGUUUCUAUAUCCACCUAUCAUUUUACUCCAAAGGCAUUGUAAAUUACAAGAGAUGUUUAUAAAACGAAAAAGACAAUUGACGUAGUCAACUAUUUAGAGUGUGUUUAAUUUCGUGUUUAGGAACAAUGAACGCACGUCAAGCAAGAAGCUAGACAGAACAACGUUCACGUUUUAUUUGGUUUGAGGUGGAAAACCGCUGUGACGUACAUUCACAACAUGGAAUCAAAGAUGGCUUAACCUGUCAAA